UUGGUUUAUUUAUACUGAGAAGUAUCAGAGAUAUAAUUGGAGAAACUAAAAAUAACUUAUCAAUGGCAUUACAUCUAGCGUUAGGUCUAUGUGUAUAUCUGCUGUUUACACAAGGUGCACAGGGAAACAUUGAUGAUUUUGAUUGUGUUGAGAUAUACAAACAACCGGCUUUCAAACAUCCAUUGUUAAAAAAUCACAAGAUUCAGGAAACAUUCAGCCUAGAUGGAAAUAUUGAAAGAAGCAACAAAUAUAAAACCAAAGAGCAUUGUCCAAAAGGAACAGUUCCAAUUUUAAGACAAGGAAAUGAAUCUCAAAGCGUUCAUCUGAAUACAGCCGAGUAUUCUGGUCAACAUUUUGCAACAAUUGAGACCACGUUAGAUGGAAGUAUCUAUCGGGGAACUGAAGCUGAAAUAAGUGUUCAUGAUCUUAAAUUGCAAAAUAAUCAAUACAGUAAAAGUCAAAUAUGGUUAGAGAAUGGACCUCGAGCUCAACUCAAUAGUAUACAAGCUGGUUGGGCAGUGCAUCCAAGAUUAUACGGUGAUAGUGUCACGAGAUUUACAAUCUAUUGGACUGGAGAUGGUUACCAAAAAACAGGGUGCUAUAAUAUGCAAUGCCCUGGCUUUGUGGUUGUAAGUCGAAAUCCUACACUUGGAAAGGGAUUUGGGGGAUCAUCUGUCUAUGGUCAAACAAGUCUUACGUUUAAAUUGCAAAUUUUCCAGGAUGGAUUCAGCGGAAAUUGGGGACUGAAAAUGUCUAACGAAAUAAUUGGUUAUUGGCCAAAAGAGUUAUUUCAGCACUUAAGUAAUGGAGCUUCUCUAAUAAGAUAUGGAGGGAACACUUAUUUAUCUCCCGACGGAUUUAGUCCUCCAAUGGGUAAUGGACAUUUUCCCAUUCCAGACUUCAAAAAGACGGCACAUUUUAAAAACAUAGGGAUUAUAAACUCGGACUAUAAAGCAGAUUAUAUUGAUGAUAGGAAAGUAAGACUUUAUGCUGAUUCCAAUAGUUGCUUUAGGGUGUCAUAUUGGGGUUAUACCAAAUUCACCGGAAAAGCUUUUUCGUUUGGAGGACCAGGUGGAAAAUGUGGUAUUUGAUGUUUUAAUGAGUUAUGUAAUACCAACCAAAUUGUAACAAAUUUCAAAUAAGAAUAAAAUCAUCUAAACUAU